UCUUAAACUGUCAACUAACCGAAGAACAACAAAAACAAACACAACAUCGAGGGGGUUCCGGGGACGGGCUGGGACCAUGGAGUCGUCCUCUGAUGAAGAGGAGGUGCGCACCUUCAUCCAAGUCCUCAGUGAGAAAUACAACCCAGAGAAUUUCCCCUAUGGACAGGGAGUCAUGGUAAUGCCCAGCCCCCCAGGAUCCCCUGUCAAAGAUCGCCUGUUCUUGCCCAGCAUACUGGUUCUUAGUGACUCUGGAAUCAGUAAAUCCGGGGAUAGGUCAGAUAUUGCAGCCUUCUGUGGCCAUGUGGUCGAGCUGGACCUGUCCCACAAUCAACUUAACGACUGGGCAGAGAUCUCUUCCAUUGUCUCCAGCAUCCCCCAGCUGGACUUCCUCAAUCUGAGCAUGAACCCUCUGAGCGGCGUGUCGCUGGAGCCCAGCAUGGCUGGGGUGUUCUCCAGGAUCCGACAGCUUGUCCUCAUUAACACACAGAUCAGCUGGGACACUGUCCACACACUCACACGACACACACCAGAGCUGGAGGAGCUUUUCCUGUGCCUGAACGGCUACAGCACUGUGUCACUAUCCCAGACGUCUUGUCCGUCACUCCGCCUGCUGCAGAUCACAGACAACCAGCUGCAUGAAUGGGCAGAAGUGAGGAAGUUUGGGCAGAUGUACCCGAGUCUGAGCACACUGGUUCUGGCCAAAAACAGCGUGGACUCUGUUGAUGACACUCAGGAAACACUGCAGCGACUCUUCCCCAACCUGCGCUGCAUCAACCUCAACAACUCAGGGCUUAGUAAAUGGGAGGACAUUGAAAGGCUGAACUUCUUCCCUAAGCUGCAAGAAGUCAAAGCAAUGGGGAUUCCUCUUCUAGAGCCUUACUCCACCCAUGAGAGACGUUGCCUUCUUUUAGCACAGCUGCCGUCUGUAGUGGUGUUGAAUGGGAGCGCAGUGUCUCGUGGGGAGAGAGAGGAUGCGGAGAGGCUUUUCAUCCGGUACCACCAGGACAGGCCAGAACAUAAGCUCCCUGAGAGGAAGGAUUACAAGACUUUUUUAAAUAUUGCAAUUGAGUUCAUGUUUAAAAUCAUAAAGCAUAAAGCUAGUUCUCAGGAUAUCCUGUAUCCAUAUGGACCCGGCCAUAGAGAUCUAGAGACCCCAAAGAUGGAUGAUGGGAGUUCUGCUGAAAUCACUUUGCUCAUUCCAUUCAUUUUCUUCAACAUCCCAUACCGUUCCAUCUAUGUCAACAACAAUGGCGUGAUCUCCUUCAACGUGCAGGUUAGCCAGUUCACACCGGAGGCUUUUCCCCUGAGUGACAGCAGAUCGUUCAUUGCUCCGCUCUGGGCAGAUGUGCACAACGGCAUCCGCGGAGAUGUGUACUAUCGAGAGACCACAGAACCGGAAAUACUGGAAAGGGCGACGCAAGAUGUGCGGAAGUACUUUAAAAACAUGCCCACCUUCACGGCUACCUGGGUCUUUAUUGCAACAUGGCAUCAAGUCACCUUCUACGGAGGAAGCCAGACAACCCCGGUGAACACAUUCCAAACUGUACUCAUCUCAGAUGGCGUGGGGUUCUUCAGUAUGUUCAACUAUGGAGAAAUCACAUGGAGCACAGGAACAGCCAGCGGUGGAGAUCCUUUAACAGGACUGGGUGGCACGACAGCUCAGUCAGGUUUUAAUGGCGGAGACAUUGGUCACUUCUUCAACCUGCCAGGAUCACGCUCAAAUGAUGUGGUGAACAUUGAACAGACAACCAAUGUUAAUAUCCCUGGGCGAUGGUUCUUCCGCGUUGACACUGAACUGAUCGAUCCUGCCAAUGGCUGCAGCUACAAUGGGCGAUUUUACAGACGAGGGGAAAUCUUCUGGCUCUCUGACCAGUGUUCACAGCGAUGCCGCUGCCUUGACAUUGACAACGAGGUGCAUUGCCAGGAGGCUCCAUGCGGGCAGUUGGAGACCUGCGAGCAGCAGGAGGGGGCCUUUUACUGCCAGCCAACCCGCACCAGCACCUGUGUGGUAUUUGGCGACCCUCAUUACCACACCUUCGAUGGCUUCCUCUAUCACUUCCAGGGAACCUGCUCCUACCUGCUGGCUCGGCCCUGCUGGGAGGUGGCUGGGCUGCCCUUCUUCACUGUGGAGGCCAAAAAUGAGAACCGUGGGGUCACCUCGGUUUCUUGGCUCAGAGACGUGACAGUGGAUGUGUACGGACACCGAGUCACGUUACCCAAAGGCAGUUUUGGAACAGUCCAGGUGGACGGCUUGGUGAAGACUCUACCGGUCCAACUCCAGCUUGGUGCUGUUAGGGUUUACCAGUCUGGGGUUGCCAUUGCUUUAGAAACAGACUUUGGACUCUUAGUUACCUAUGACGGCCAACACUAUGCAUCCAUCUCCCUGCCCAGCUCUUACUUCAACAACACUUGUGGCCUUUGUGGCAACUACAAUGACGACCCUGCUGAUGAUCCCGUGCUUCCUGACGGCUCUCUAGCAGAUAGUGUGGUGGAGUUAGGAGGCAGCUGGCGAGCAGAGGACCCAGACUGGAGGUGUACAGAUGGCUGCGCCCAGAACUGCAGCGUGUGUGACCCUCUUACAGAAGCCUUCUACUUUCGCUCAGACUACUGUGGGCUCAUCAACAAAACCGAUGGACCUUUUAGGGACUGCAGAGCCGUAGUGGACCCUACAGCCUUUGUGUAUAGCUGUGUAUAUGACAUGUGCAGCAACAGGGAUAAUAUCACCACACUCUGUCAGGCCAUCCAGGCCUAUGCUCUGGCGUGCCAGGCCCUUGGUGUCACGAUACGACCCUGGAGAUCUCGCACCUUCUGUGUCUCAGCUUUGUCGUGUCCGGAGUUCAGCCAUUACCAAGUGUGCACAAGUGCCUGCCCAGCCUCUUGCUCCGACCUCACCGCUCCCCUGUACUGUGCUCACCCUUGCACUGAGGGCUGUCAGUGUGACCAAGGCUACGUUCUCAGCGGCAGUCGUUGUGUACAGCGUGAAGACUGUGGCUGUGAGCAUAACGGCCUCUAUUACCCCCUUAAUCAAACUUUCUGGGCAGGUCCCAGUGGUGAGGAAGGUGAAUGUGCCCUCCGCUGCACCUGCGGGCCUGCUGGGGAAGUCUCCUGCUUCAACGAGUCCUGCAAAGAGGGCGAGGUGUGCGUGGCGGAAGUGGGCUUGCUGGGUUGCUACCCUCGGAGGGAGGGAGUGUGCUCAAUCACUCAGAACUCGGUGACGUCUUCCUUUGAUGGCACCUUCCUGCUGUUCCCAGACGACAGCUCCUACUACCUGUUGAAGCUGUGUGGCGCAGUGCCGGCUAAUGGCUCCAUGGUGGAGGUGAAGAUUGGCAGGCGGCUGAUGAACAAAGGCCCCACUUGGAAAAGACCUGUGAUCGUUACAGUGGCUAACCUGGAAGCUCAGAUGGGAGGGACAGAUUUUGAUAUAGUAAAGGUGAAUGGUGAACCAGUGGCUCUCCCAUUUGUCCAUCCAAUGGAGACAAUGAUGAUCUACAGAGCACCAGGCAAUGCUACAGUGGUGGAGUCCCGUGGUCUGCUUCGUGUCCAGUACACUCGCCAGGGGCUCCUCAACAUCUCCCUCUCCACCCUCUACUACAAUGUUACAUGCGGCCUAUGCGGUGUCUUCAACAGCAAUGCCACCGAUGACCUUCGGCUUCCAAAUGGACGUCUGGCGGAGUCUACUGAACAGUUCACAGAGAGCUGGCGGUCCAUUGCUGAUGACCUCACCUGUAACGGUGACUGUGAUGACCUGUAUCGAAUGUGCACAGACUUGCGUCUCUACCAGAGUCCUUGGAUGUGUGGCAACAUCAAUGACCCGGGGAAUAGUUCAUUUCUGGCUUGUCAUGCAGUGGUCAACCCUUCGCCGUUCUUCAGGAACUGCUUGUAUAACAUGUGUGUGAGGGAAGGGAAUCGUUCAGCCCUGUGUUCCUCGCUGCAGGCGUAUGCCACCGCCUGUCAGGAUGCUCAAGUUGGCCUCGCUUCCUGGAGGAGUGCCACCAACUGCCCUCUUCCCUGUCCACCGAACAGUCAUUUCGAUGAGUGCACCACUGCCUGCCCUCUGACCUGUGCCAACUUAGAUGAACCCGAAGAGCCGUGCCCUCUGCCAUGCCAGGAGGGGUGUCAGUGCGAGGACGGCUUUGCGCUCCGCGACGGCCUGUGUGUGGCACGCAGCGAUUGCGGCUGCAUGAGCCACGGGCGCCAGCUGGCCACUAAUCAGACUUUCUGGACAGACUGGGAGUGCCAGGAGCGUUGCUACUGCAAUGGCUCUGACAACAGUGUGUACUGUCAGCUCUCACCCUGUCACCCUGAGGAGUACUGCCAGGAGAAUGACGGCCUGUACUUCUGCCAGCCGCGCACUGAGGCCCUGUGUGUGGUAGCAGGUUAUGGACAUUUUCUGCCAUUUGGUGGCGUCCCGUUUGAGCUGCAGAGCUCUUGUACGCUUAGGAUGGCCACCACGAGCUGUGGGAGAGGGAACAGGGACCCGGCGACCAUCAGUGGAGCUUUUCCUCCUUUUAAACUGGCAGCUCGUAACGAGGAAAGGGACACAGGCCAGGCGAUUUGGGUGAGGGGCUUCGUACUGGAGGUCUACGAGUAUGAGAUUGAGGUCUCUCGAAGCUACAAAAACACUGUGACGGUGAAUAAGGAGCGUCUGUACCUUCCUCUGAAGCUGGGCCCGGGGAAGGUCAACGUCUUCACCUGGGGCAUGCAGCUCAUUCUGGAGACAGAUUUUGGCCUAAAGGUGGCCUUUGACUGGAACACCCUUCUCCUGUUGACUCUGCCCCGUGACCUCUACAACACCUCGUGCGGCCUCUGCCAGGGUAUGCCCUUAUCCCCUCCCACCCUCACCACCACAGACUGGGGCAUGGCCUGGGCCGAGAGGGACACCUUCUGCCAGGUGGGCUGUGGAGACUCCUGCCCACGCUGCGGCCUGGGAGAGACGAGCCCCGAGGCAGUGAGGCUGUGUGGGCUAAUUGUGGAUCGAGGAGGUGUGUUUGCACGUUGUCACAGCAAGGUGGCGCCAGCGUUCUUUUAUCAAAGCUGCCUGCAGGACACCUGUUUGGACCAGGGAGCUCAGGAUACAAUCUGUAACUGGCUGCAGAUAUAUGCCGGCACCUGUCAGACCCAAGGGGUGCCUGUUACUGGCUGGAGGAGCGACACGCCGUGUGUCCAGAGCUGUCCACCUAACAGCCAUUACUCCAGUUGUGUGUCGGUCUGCCCACCCCAGUGCGCCCCAGCCCGCGGCCAGAGGGACUGCAGCCAGGACUGUGUCGAGGGCUGCCAGUGCGACCAGGGCUACGUGCUCAAUGGCAAAAGCUGCAUCCUGCCUCAGAACUGUGGCUGCUACACUGAUGGCAAGUACUAUGAGCCCAAACAGCUGUUCUGGAACAGCGACUGCACCAAACGCUGCCAGUGCAUUGGACGAAACCUGAUCCAGUGUGACCCUAGGCGCUGUAAGGCAGAGGAGGAGUGCACCCUGCGCUACGGAGUGAGGGGCUGCUUUGCGCGGCGCUCCCAGCAAUGCAUAGCAUCUGGCGGCGGGGUGUUCAGGACCUUCGAUGGGGCGUCCCUACGGCUCCCUGCUUCCUGCUCCUUCGUCCUGUCCACUAACUGUCACAAGCUGCCCGACCUCUCCUUCCAGCUCAUCGCCAACUUUGAUAAAUGGAGCACACCAAACCUCACCACCAUCUCUCAUGUCUACCUUUACAUCAACGAGGAGAAUAUCCUCAUCUCUGGCAGCACUGUUAAGGUCAAUGGUACACCAGUAUCUGUACCGUUUCUAACUGGACUGAUGACACGUCUGUCCACAUCUGAGGGCUUCAUUGUCAUUGACACGCCCCAGGACAUCCAGGUUCGAUACAACCGCUUUAACACCCUCAGCAUCACCAUGGGACAGCGGCUUCAGAACAAGGUGUGCGGACUCUGUGGGAAUUUCAACGGAGACCCAAGUGACGACUACAUCACGUCCAGGGGCAAGCCGGCUGUCAGCGCCCUGGAGCUGGCUCAGAGCUGGAAGACCAACGGUAUGCAGAACAGCUGUGAUGAAACCCAGUACGUGGCUCUGGCUCAGUCCUGUGACAACACGGCGGUGCUGGCGCUGCAAGGUGAGGACGCCUGUCAGAAGCUCACCCAGCUGAAGGGUUUCUUCCAGCCGUGCCAUGGCCUGCUGGAUCCCCGGCCCUUCUACCAGUCCUGCUACCUGGACGGCUGCUAUAAUCACCGCAAGGCUCAGGUCUGCGGCUCCCUGGCAGCCUACGCAGAGGCCUGCCGCUCCAUGGGGACCCUCACCACCAAGUGGAUCGCCCAGGAGAACUGCUCAGAAUGGAUCUAUGACCCCUGUGCAGGAGAGAUCUGCACAAACUUCACCUGUGAGCUGGAGAACGGAGGAGACCUGUGUGGCUGCCCGGAGUUACCCACCAGCACUGGAGGUGAUGAUGACAUCAUCCAGGCGGAGGUGACCUGUAAGCAUGCUCAGAUGGAGGUCUCCAUUUCCAAGUGCAAGCUCUUCCAGCUGGGCUUUGAAAGAGAGGACGUCAGGAUCAACGAUGAGCACUGCGCAGGCAUCGAGGGAGAGGACUUCAUCUCCUUCCGCAUCAACAACACCAAGGGGCACUGUGGCUCCAUCGUACUGUCAAACGGCACACACAUCAUGUAUAAGAACACCGUGUGGAUCGAGAGUGUGAACAACACCGGGAACGUCAUCACCAGAGACAAAACCAUCAACGUGGAGUUUUCCUGCGCCUACGAACUGGACCUGAAGAUCUCUCUGGAGACUGUCCUCAAGCCCAUGCUCAGUGUGAUAAAUCUCACCUUACCGACCCAGGAGGGAAACUUCAUCACCAAGAUGGCUCUGUAUAAGAACUCCUCAUACCGAAACCCGUACAGGGAGGGGGAGGUGGUGCUCAGCACGCGAGACAUCCUGUUUGUGGGCGUCUUUGUGGAAGGGGCGGAUGAAAACCAGCUCAUCCUCAUUGUGAACAUGUGCUGGGCCACACCAUCCCGCUACAGCAGUGACCGGCUUCGCUACAUCAUCAUAGAGAGAGGGUGUCCAAACAUUAAGGACAACACCAUCGGCAUGGCAGAGAACGGCGUGUCCCUCACCUGUCGCUUCCACGUCACCGUCUUCAAGUUCAUCGGGGAUUACGACGAGGUGCACCUCCACUGUGACGUCUCCCUGUGUGACUCGGAAACAAACGCCUGCAAAGUGAACUGUCCGCACAAGAGAAGAAUGUACUCGGAGGACAGUGACCAUAAAGAGCACAUACUGACUGUGGGCCCCAUCAGAAGGAGAGAAUCAGACUGGUGUGAGGAGGAAAACGGAGGCUGUGAGCAGAUCUGCACCAGUAAGAUGACGGGACCUGUCUGCAGCUGUGUGACUGGGAUGUUGCAACGGGAUGGGAAAAGCUGCCGAACUGUGAGCUCAAGCUAUAACCUCACACCUGCCGUUUCUCUGCUGAGCAUCAGUGCUGUGAUCUCCAUGUUCCCGGCUCGUAUUCACACUCUCCUCUCCUAACACCCUGCGAGCAAAGGAGGGCAACACAUCAAACAGAAUCAAACACAGAAAAGACUUGAAGAUGCACAAAGUUUAUCAGCGUUGGUAGGUCAGAGUAGAUCAGCUGCGUUCCAGUCAGAAGAUGUAGACAGAGUAAAUUGUACAUUCACAGUGACCACAUAUUCAUAAUGCAACUGAAUGUACGUAACUAAACAAGAAAAGUAAGUUUCACCCCAACGUGAUUACAACACAUUGCAAAUUUAUCUGGUGGUUUUUGUUUGUAGAAAAAUGAAUGCAUAGGUCUGCCAGAGUGUUUUCUAUAUUGCCACCAGAUGGCGCCAAAGUAGGACAUUUUAUAAUCCCACACAUGUUGGCUGGUUUGAGUCAUAUUCAAUGUCAACUUGACCCAAGAACA